CGUUACUCAGUACCUCUGACAACCUCUAAUUCCGAGCAUUAAUUGCAACGCCCAGGAGCAACCCAAGAUGCAACAAGAGGCACAGCAUCCACCCAUUGAGGCAGACGACUCUGGUAUUGACGACGCCUCUUCCGUUGGAGGUCUCUCAGCAGACGAAUCUAGCGCUUCUCUGAGAUCGAGCAUCUUGGAUUACCGCCGCGAAAAUGGUCGCACCUACCACCGCAUGAGCGACGGCAAAUACGCCUUCCCAAAUGACGCGCGAGAGCAAGAUCGCCUGGACAUGGUCAACCACCUCUGGAUGCUGAUCCUGGACAAUGCCUUCUGUCUGUGUCCCAAGAACGAUGGCUCUACAGCCAAGAGAGUUCUCGACCUAGGCACCGGGACGGGAGUCUGGGCUCUCGACUACGCCGAGACGUUCCCUGAAGCGACUGUCCUCGGCGUCGACCUUAGCCCCAUCCAGCCCGGAUUCGUCCCUCCCAAUUGCAGCUUUGAGAUCGACGAUUUGGAAAAGGAGUGGACCUGGUCCAAGCCCUUUGACUUCAUCCUCGGUCGGAACAUGAAUGCGAGCUUUUCGGACUGGGACAACAUUAUCAAGCAGGCGUAUGACCACCUCGAGCCUGGCGGCUACUUUGAGAUCCAGGACAGUUGCUGGCCUCCCGUUUCCGACGAUGGUACGCUCAGAAAGGACUCGGCGCUUGCCAAAUGGUCGGGCCUUUUGGUCGACGCCUGCAACAAGAUCAAUCGCCCGAUUGACAAGACACUUGAGUUGUCCGGCAAGAUGGAGGCCGCAGGUUUUGAGGAGGUUGUGGUGACUCCGCUCAAGUUCCCAUCCUCUAACUGGCCCAAGGACAAGAAACUCAAGGAGAUUGGCGAAUGGAACCGAUUCAUGUUGACGAGUGGGCUGGAGGGAAUGACCCUAGGGUUGCUUACUCGUUUCAUGGAGUGGUCCAAGGAAGAGACACUGGUGUUUUGUGCUGAGGUGAGGAAGGACUUGCUUGACACGAGCAUUCAUGCCUACUGGAACGGAUAUGUAAUUUAUGGACGGAAGCCUCGAAAGGCGGGCGAGGAGGUGGAGUCCAACUGA